CCAUGGCCACGACGGCGAGCGCGCCGCCCGCCAGGCCCAGCCUCGCCUCCAUCUCGUCGGGGGAGCUGCGCAGCCUGUGGACCUGCGACUGCGAGCUGGGGCUCCUGCCGCUGGCGCAGCUGCUGCGCCUGCAGCCCGGCGCCUUCCAGCUGCGGGGCGACCAGCUCGUGGUGCCCGGGCUCCGGGAGCCCACGGCGGCCAGCGGGGGCUUCAACGUCUUCAGCGACGGCCUCGUGCGCCUCGACGGCCAGUCCUACCGCCUCAGCAGCUACAUCAAGAGAUAUGUGGAACUGACCAACUACUGCGAUUAUAAAGACUACAGAGAAACUAUACUGAGCAAACCGAUGCUGUUCUUCAUUAAUGUUCAGACCAAAAAAGACAGCACAAAAGAAAGGACAUAUGCGUUUCUUGUGAACACAAGGCACCCCAAGAUAAGAAGACAGAUAGAGCAAGGGAUGGACAUGGUCAUUUCCUCUGUGAUCGGAGAAAGCUACCGGCUCCAGUUUGAUUUUCAAGAGGUAGUAAAGAAUUUUUUCCCUUCAGGACAUGAGGUGGUUAAUGGAGAAAAUUUGAGCUUUGCCUACGAGUUCAAAGCUGAUGCCUUAUUUGAUUUCUUCUAUUGGUUUGGGCUCAGUAAUUCCACUGUCAAAGUGAACGGAAAGGUUUUGAACUUGUCAAGUACAAGUCCAGAAAAGAAGGAGACAAUUAAAUUAUUUCUGGACAAAAUGAGUGAACCACUAAUUCGAAGGAGCAGUUUCUCUGGCCGGAAAUUCAGUGUGACUUCCAGAGGUUCAAUAGAUGACGUUUUCAACUGCAAUCUGUCACCCAGAUCAUCUCUGACAGACCCUCUCUUGGCAGAGUUUCCAUUUCCAAGUGUUCUGGAAUCGGAUGAGACACCCAACCAAUUUGUCUGAUCUGAUGGAACAUUUUGCAGUGACUCCUACACCCCAGACCUGUGCCUAAACUGGAAGUUGACAGGACAAGGAGGUGGAAGGAAGACCCUUUACUCCACCUGUCAAGCCCUCUGGCCCUCCUUGACUCCUAUGAAGAUAUCUUCUCCACUUCUGUGGGCAAUGCUAUUGCAGGCCCACUGAUGCAGCUGACAUUAGAAUGGGAGGCUUGGUCCUAUGUCCUGGCGGGGCGGGGGAGGGGGGCGGUGAUUCUCCUUUAAAUACUUCUCCAAAGAGGCAGAGGGAACAGAUUUUUGCCACUGUGAACACUUUGCUUAGUAGCCUGGAAUCCCAGAAGUGCCCUGGCAAUGUUUGGGGAACAAUCUGACUUGAGACUCGUAAAUCAGGGUUUGGUCCUCUGCUGGGAAUAACCUUACUUGAAUCCAUGGUGUCAAGCAUAAGGUUAGCACUGCUGUUCUUUUGAAAACCUGAAUGGAGAGAAGAUCUUUCUUUCACUGGAAGGUGAGAAUCUUUCACUGGAAGGUGAGAAUGAUUUUUAUUUUUCCACAGAAGGAACAUUUGGAGUAAGGUUUCCUGAGGGUUGAUGGGACCUCAGUUCUGCCAUCCAGCCACUGCCUGCAACACAUUUCCCUUGGAGUCCUUAACAAAGUGGCCUGUGUAGAAAGAGGCCAGGUGAUGUGGUACCAAGCAGCGACAGGAUAAUGUAUGCAGCAAUCUUCCUUUUAUUGAAAGCACAUUAUGUCAGUUGGGUAUUUUAAGUAAACUGUUAGGAAAACUAAAGCUAAAAGCAAAAUAGAAGAAAGCUAUAACAUUACCAUAACACAUCGUUAGCCCCAUAUAUUUUCAUCUAACAACUACAGUGCAAUUUUUCAAAAAGAAAAAAAGCAUCUUAUCUUCAUGUAAAAACCUGUAUGAAUGAAUUGCUACAUAGUUAUAUAAUGAGGAUGAUUUAUGGAUCCUGGGUAUAGUUUUUCUGUCCUUUUUAAAAAAUUAAGUGUUCUUGUAUUAUACUUUUUGAUAGCACUACUGAUAGUCCUUUCAUUUAUUUUUGAAAUAAUACGUGCUACAUUUGUACAAUUAAAAUUUUUCUAAGUACUCAAGAGAAUUGAUUAAAUUUGGAACUCUGCGUGCAUGU